UAAAAUUAAUAAUAUGUUAUUAUAUGUUUGUUCACUAUUCAUUUUUUUUUUAUUCAAAUAAAGUAAAAGAAUUAAUAAAGUAUAUUUGAUAAAUUACGUUUACACUAAUUUUAAAUGUAAUUGUAAUUAUGUUGGCAAACAAUUUACAAGAGAUAUCAAGGCGUAUUAUUACGAUUUCCAGGCAUGAAGAACCUAUAUUAAUGUGGCACAAUUCCGUACUAACAGUUCGUACAGAUAAAGGCAUAAACUGUACCAAAUUUACACACAAUUUGCGAUGCUUAGACAAGAAUCUCGACUGCACGGAAUUUUUAGUACCUAUCUCGAAAUCCAGUCCUGUUACAGGUUACCUGUCGAACAACAGUUUUAUCAAGAAAGGCUUGAGUAAUAUGGAGAUGUCGCAAUUAGUACUAGAUCCCUCAUUGUGGCCUUAUAGUCCUCAUAUAGUCCAGGAAAUGGUAUCUAUUGUUGCAUUUGACUGGUCGCCUAUUGAUCUCUGUUAUAAUAACAAAAGUGUUCUGGCUGUUUUGAAUAACAUAGGAAAUGUACAGUUGUUUGUUCCUCAACGAUGCACAUGGGCCAAUCCACUUGACAUCUCCGAACUUGUAUGUAAGGAAUUUCCUAUAAUAUCAAAUAAACCUCAAUGCUUCGAUGAAUUAAAACAAACUGCUCAUACUGUAGUAUCAAGUGCUAUAUGUUGGGCUCCAAAACUCAAUCAUGAUAAUACAUGUUACUUUGUUAGCGCCCAAAAAAAUGGUAAUAUAUUGGUGUGGCUCAUAAAAAGAAAUGAUUUAUUAAUAAAUGCUGAAUACUGUGGUUGUAUAAAAAUGGAAUCAAGUGAAAUAAUGACAAUUCAAUGGUUAGACAGAUGUGAUAAUACAUUUACUUUAUUUUAUUCAAACAUGGUAGGAGAAAUAGUUGCCUUAAAUUGUAAAGUGGAUAAAAAUGUAAAAGUUUUAAGUAAACAUGUACUGUGGACACAUAAAGAUAGAAUGAUUGCUAAAAACUUUCACCACACAAUUAUAGACAACAAAAUAAUAUUCAUGUGUACCAAGCACAGACACUUAGUAGUGUUAUUGUUAGAUAUGGAUUGUAACAUAUUGUCACAAUUUCUUAAAAAUAUAAAUGACUACAAAAUUUCUGUUAUUACUAAAUGUACAGAUAUAUUUUAUGUUGGUACCGUAAAUUGUGAAAUUUAUAAGGUUGCUUUUAAAAUUUCUAACAAUAAUCUUGAUGUUAAAAUGGACAUUGUCCCUCUAAAAGAGACUUAUGAGAAUUAUGAACUUUAUGGUCUCUCUUUUUCUAGUAACAAUGUGUUAUGUGCCUUAGGACUUUUCAGCAGGAAAAUAUUAAUUAGAAAAGAACAUAUGAAAAUUGAGAUUGUAAUCCUUUCUGCGGACUCAAAUAGUGUUGCAGAAAUGGAAAUGCUUUUAAAUAAUCCAUUAAAAAGUUUAACAAACAUGUGGGAUUACUUAGAGUUAUUACGGUACAAAUGUAUGAAAACCAAAAGUUUGCCAACAAUAGAUUUCAAACAAUUGUUGGCAGAAGCUGAAACAGAUAUUUAUAAACUUAAAAUAUAUUUAGUGAUAGUUAUUAUAUAUAACACUUUGCAAAUGAAUGUGAAAUUGAGUAAAGAUCUUUUACCAGAAUGUAAUGAAGAGUUAAUUAAAGAUAAAAUUAUGGCGUUGUAUGCACAGUCUUACAUGCAAAAAUUAUAUAAAUUGUAUUCAAAAAAUAAAAUGUAUCCAAACGAGUUCUUAGCUGAAACAUUUGCAGGUUUAGUAAAAUAUUUUAAAUAUUAUUGUAAAAAAUAUGAUAAGAAUUUUAAGGAGUAUGCUUCAAUGGACAUAGCUAAAGAUUAUAAAUACAUAUGCCAAUGUUGUGAUGAUCAACUUGAUGGUUUUACUUGCUCUAGUGGACAUUUGAAUAUGUUUUGUUCUGUCUCUUUCACACCAAUAGAAGCUUAUAAUUACCUCAUAUGUAACAGUAGUUGUGGAAUGACUGCUAGAAUAGAACUGUAUCCUGAUAAGCCAGUAUGUGUUAUAUGUGAUACACAUUUAGAUUUGUGUAAUCUACCAAUAUCAAUAUAG